UCGGCUCUUUCCGCCUUCAUUCGGCCGCGGCCCGGGAAGGGCGCCCAUGGAGCCGGGAUUGCCGGCUCGACGGAUAGCCAUGGCGCCGCUGUUGGAGUAUGAGAGGCAGCUGGUAUUGGAACUGCUCGACACGGACGGGCUGGUCGUGUGCGCCCGCGGGCUCGGCGCAGAUCGGCUCCUCUACCAUUUCCUCCGGCUGCACUGCCACCCGGCCUGCUUGGUGCUGGUGCUCAACACGCAGCCGGCCGAGGAGGAGUAUUUUAUCAGUCAGCUGAAGAUAGAAGGAGUUGAACACCUCCCUUGCCGAGUGACAAAUGAAAUCGCAAGUAACAAUCGCUAUGAGGUUUACACAAGAGGCGGUGUCAUAUUUGCAACAAGUCGAAUACUGGUGGUUGAUUUCUUAACUGACAGAAUACCUUCAGAUUUAAUAACUGGCAUCUUGGUGUACAGAGCCCACAGGAUAAUCGAGUCUUGCCAGGAAGCAUUCAUCCUGCGUCUCUUUCGCCAAAAAAACAAACGUGGUUUCAUCAAAGCUUUCACAGACAACGCCGUGGCCUUUGAUACUGGUUUCUGUCACGUGGAAAGAGUGAUGAGAAAUCUUUUUGUGAAGAAGCUCCACCUAUGGCCAAGGUUCCAUGUGUCCGUCCACUCAUUCUUAGAGCAGCACAAGCCUGAGGUGGUGGAGAUCCAUGUUUCCAUGACACCUGCCAUGCUCGCCAUCCAGACGGCCAUCCUGGACAUCCUAAAUGCAUGUCUCAAGGAGCUGAAGAGCCACAACCCAACUCUUGAAGUGGAAGAUUUAUCUUUAGAAAACGCUAUUGGGAAACCUUUCGACAAGACAAUCCGCCAUUAUCUGGACCCCUUGUGGCACCAGCUUGGAGCCAAGACCAAAUCCUUGGUUCAGGAUUUAAAGAUACUGAGAACUUUGCUACAGUAUCUCUCUCAGUACGACUGUGUCACAUUUCUUAACCUCCUGGAAUCUCUGAGAGCAACGGAGAAGGCUUUUGGUCAGAAUUCAGGUUGGCUGUUUCUUGACUCCAGCACCUCAAUGUUCGUAAAUGCUCGAGCAAGGGUUUAUCAUGUUCCAGAUGCCAAAAUGAGUAAAAAAGGCAAAAUGCCUGAAAAAACAGAGAUGAAAGAAGGGCAAGAAUCAAAAAAGGAACUGGUCCUAGAAAAGAACCCCAAGUGGGAGGCACUGACUGAAGUACUGAAAGAAAUUGAGGCCGAAAAUAAGGAGAGCGAAGCCCUUGGUGGCCCAGGCCAGGUGCUCAUCUGCGCCAGCGACGAGCGCACGUGCGCCCAGCUGCGGGACUACCUGACUGCGGGCGCCGAGGCCUUCUUGCUGAGGCUCUACAGGAAGACCUUCGAGAAGGACAGCAAGGCUGAAGAGGUGUGGAUGAGAUUCAGAAAGGAGGACGGCUCCAAGAGAGCCGUGAAAGCCCACAAAAGACCCAAAGAGCCCCAGAACAAAGACCGGGCCUCUGCCAAAGACAGGGGUCUCAAGAAGAAGAAGCGAAAGCUGACGCUGACGCAGRUGAUCGGAAAGUCGGAGGAACUGGAAGAGGCCGCGGACGUGGAGGAAGGUUACCGCAGAGAAGCGGGCCGCAGCCCGGAGAGUGGCGAGGAGGAGGUGAAGCACGAAGCCUUCGAUGUCCAUCUGUCCUCGGAUGCCGCCUACGGGAUCCUCAAGGAGCCGCUCACCAUCAUCCACCCACUGCUGGGCUGCAGUGACCCGUACGCGCUGACCAGGGUGCUGCACGAAGUGGAGCCGCGGUACGUGGUGCUCUACGACGCAGAGCUCACCUUUGUCCGGCAGCUGGAAAUCUACAGGGCCAGCAGGCCCGGGAAACCUCUGAGGGUUUACUUUCUCAUAUAUGGAGGUUCCACAGAAGAGCAACGCUAUCUCACCGCUCUGAGGAAAGAAAAGGAAGCUUUUGAAAAACUCAUAAGGGAAAAGGCGAGCAUGGUCAUCCCUGAAGAGAGAGAAGGCCGAGACGACACCAACCUGGACCUUGCAAGAGGCACAGCAUCAACAAAUGCGUCCACCGACACCCGCAAAGCCGGUGGCCAAGAACAGAACGGCGUGCAGCAGAGCAUAGUAGUGGACAUGCGCGAGUUUCGCAGUGAGCUGCCCUCCCUGAUCCACCGCCGGGGCAUCGACAUUGAGCCGGUGACUCUGGAGGUGGGCGACUACAUCCUGACCCCGGAGAUGUGCGUGGAGCGCAAGAGCAUCAGCGACCUGAUCGGCUCCCUGAACAACGGCCGCCUCUACAGCCAGUGCGUGUCCAUGUCCCGCUACUACAAGCGCCCGGUGCUGCUCAUCGAGUUCGACCCGAGCAAGCCCUUCUCCCUCACGUCCCGCGGUGCCUUGUUCCAGGAGAUCUCCAGCAGCGACGUCAGCUCCAAACUCACCCUUCUCACGCUGCACUUCCCCAGGCUGCGGCUUCUCUGGUGCCCGUCCCCCCACGCCACCGCCGAGUUGUUCGAGGAACUGAAACAAAACAAGCCGCAGCCCGAUGCGGCCACGGCCCUGGCGGUCACGGCCGAUUCCGAAACCCUCCCCGAGUCGGAGAAGUACAACCCCGGCCCCCAAGACUUCUUGUUAAAAAUGCCCGGAGUGAACGCCAAAAACUGCCACUCCUUGAUGAACCACGUGCAGAACAUCGCAGAGUUGGCCACCCUGUCCCUGGACAAGCUCACGGGCCUCCUGGGGCACGCUGCCAACGCCAAGCAGCUGUACGAGUUCCUGCACACCCCCUACGCCGAAGUCGUGUCUAAAGGGAAGGUGAAAAAGUGAGCAGUCCUGUCGCCC